CUAGACUGAGGUAUGCUUCUAGUGCUCGUCUCAACGUCCAACCGCCCGCCAGUGCGGCUGUAUGAGAACGGACUUCAGAGGGACCUCUUCCUCCCCUUCAUCGCCCUCCUCCAGUCCCAGUGUGUGGUGCACGAGAUCAAGUCAAUGACGGAUUACAGGAAGCUAGCAGCAGUGGAGCAGGGGUGGUACUUCACAGGCCCUGGGGCAGCGGAGCUGCUGGCGAAGAAAGUACAACUGCUUGUGGGAGGGGCAGCGAUGGGCCCUGUCGAUGUGGAAGUGCUCAUGGGACGGAAGCUCAGGAUCCAACGAGCAGCCAAGGGAGUGGCGUCAGUCAAGUUCUUUGAGCUCUGCGAGGUGCCUCUUGGCGCUGCUGAUUACUUCGCCCUCUGCAAGAACUUCCACACUCUGGCCAUGGAGGGCAUUCCCGCGUUUGGGGCUUCCAAUAGAGGGGCGGGUUACCGCUUUGUUACGUUAAUAGAUGUGAUGUACGAGCACAAGACGCGCCUGGUCUGCUCUGCAGAGGGCACGCCCUUUGAGCUCUUUGAGCGCGUGGUUACCAUCGCAAACGCGCCACGUAGGACGGCUGCCAGGUCAGCAAAGACCGAGGACGCUGAUGUGGCGGUGGACGAUGAGCUGGGAUUCGCUAAGGAUCGUACGGUCAGCAGGAUGAUGGAGAUGCAGAGUACCGAGUAUGAGCAAGACAAUGCAGCAGCAUACAAGCACAUGUUACCGCAACAACAUUAAUUGGUUCAACUUGCAGCAAUAAAAAUAUGUGCAUCUUGGAAUUAUUGGUGUAAAAUGUACAGUGACGACCAUUUGUGUAUCUACUAUUUGUCAACUUAUACAUAUUAUCUAUGUAGAAGUUAUAGGCUAGACUGAGGUGCUCGUCUCAACGUCCAACCGCCCGCCAGUGCGGCUGUAUGAGAACGGACUUCAGAGGGACCUCUUCCUCCCCUUCAUCGCCCUCCUCCAGUCCCAGUGUGUGGUGCACGAGAUCAAGUCAAUGACGGAUUACAGGAAGCUAGCAGCAGUAAGUGGGCGGUGUAGAGCGAGUGUACGAGAGAGAACUGGGGGGAGUGUUAGAGAUAGGCUGCAAUUCGGUUGGCACAAUUUU